AAUAUAAUAAACUUUUAGCAAACAUAAAAUAUAUCUAUUACUAAAACAUUCUUAUUCAUAUUUAUUUCCUGUCGAAAUGAAUAAUUCUAUGAAAAUAUUGUUGAUGUUUAUAUUAUUUGUGAAUUUAUUUAUUGAGUCGUGGUCAUGUGGACGAUUUUUUAGUAGUUUUUCAGAAACAGACGAGUCUAAGUUUUUAACAACUCAGCGUAUACCAACUUCAUCAAAAGAACCAGAGUAUCACACGUAUAUAAAUGAAGAUUAUAAUUUUGAAGAACACGAUUACAAGUAUAUUUCAAAUGAAAUUUAUUACGAUAUUUUUGGACGUCAUAUCAGAAAAAGGGAUGUUACUGGAAAAGAGAGUCCUAUAUACAAAUUUCCCUACCACGUGAGUCUAGAGAAUAAUGGAAAGUUUCUAUGUGGGGGAGCCAUUAUAUCUAAAACGUUUAGUUUAACGUCAGCUCAUUGUACACUUGGAUCAAUACCUACAGAUUUGUUGGUGAGAGCCGGAUCAGAAAAUGCUUUGAUUGGUGGUCAAGUAGUUCAAGUAAAAAAAAUACAUAAUCACCCAGAUUAUAAUAUAGAUACAGGAGACAAUGAUUUAGCUAUCUUAGAAUUGAAAUAUCUCUUAAUAUUGAGUGGAUCUGUAAAGGCAAUAAAGUUGGCAGAUCACGUUCCGUCACAAGUAUUAGGUGUAGUAUCAGGAUGGGGAUCUUCUGAUAUUAGUAAUUCACAAAUUCUUUCAUCUUCCUCCGUAAUGUUAAAGAGUUGGGAACAAUGUAUAGAUCAUUUUGGGCAAAGUUUCAGUCAGAAUAUGAUUUGUGGUGACUACGUUGAAGGUGCUGAAUGUAUAGUAAACUUUGGUGCACCUUUAGUUUCAGCAGGUGCUUUACUAGGCGUCCUUUCUGGACCAUCAGGUUGCCAUAAGAGUGUUUCUCCAGUUGUUUUCACUAAUAUCGUUGAAUUAAGGGAAUUUAUUAGUUCUGUAACUGACAUUUAAAAUAAUUCUUUAAUAAAUAUUGGUAAAUAUUUUUGCAUUUAAUAAACAAUUUUUUUCGUACUUUUA